AGGAAAAGAACACAAAAGUAGGGCUGUGCGAAGCGGGAAGCCGGUCAGGGAAGCCCGUUCUAGGUUAUCCCGUUCCCGAUGUUUUAGUACGCACCUUCCCGCAAAGAUGCCUUCGUCUCCCAAGCGCAGAAAGGAGCGCGAACGACCGCGGCGCCGGAAGCGUUCCGGGGACCGCAGCCGUAGCGAAAGGGAGCGAUCCGUUGGGCGAGAUCGCAUACGUUCAUCCGAGCGGGAAAGGGACCGUGAACGAGACCGUGAUCGAGGAAGGCGGAAGUCAAGAUCCAGAUCGAGAUCGCGUUCGAGAUCGAGGUCAUUUGAGCGCAGUUCAGACAAACCCAUGCCAUCGACCUCGUCUCGACGUGCUGCACAGAUGAAACCCAUGGUAUCGGAGUCCGAGUUGGAGGGCAAAACGCCCGAGGAACAGGAGAUGCUGAAAACCAUGGGUUUCUGCGGGUUCGACACGACCAAAGGGAAGAAGGUGGAAGGGAACGACGUUGGGGAGGUGCACGUUAUCCUGAAACGCAAGUACCGACAGUACAUGAACCGCAAGGGAGGCUUCAAUCGACCGUUGGAUUUCGUAGCGUAACACGCACUGCCUGUGCCAGUGGCGUUCAUUGAUCCCGAAUGGCACACAACACACAGGGUCCAACCUCACGUUCAAUCCAAUCUCAGGGGCAUUCCAUCGAAUCAGGAUGGGUAGCGCUAACGGAUCUUGGCCUUUGGCCCUGUGCCAUGGCGAGACGGCGGGUCGUUCGUGACGGUCUCACCAAUCAUUGUCUUGUUUUUCAGUUUUUUUUUUCAAUUCUACAAGCUCAUCGUAUCCACCAUCAUCAUUUUCAUCUUUAUAGUUAUCGAACUGUUCAUUUUCAUUUUAUUCCUUUAAACAUCCAACCAUGAUGGUAUAUUUAAAUGAAUCCACAAGCAGCCUUUUGUGCCUGCGUGUGACAUGCGCCUCCCGACUUUUGGGUGUGCUGUGUCACACGCGAGCCUUACAAUAGUCAACCAACUGAUCACCUCUUACGCACUCUGAACAGGCAGAUCCACAAACAGGUUUAUCAACUACAACAACUGCAACUGCAACGGGUCCCAUAAUACAACAAUAGUUAUUUAGUUUUCAUAUACACCAAAUCAAAAUUUACCACACACAACCACAAACACAAUGCAAUAGCCAAAACGCUGCACAACAUCAGUGGCUGGAUGUGGGGACGAGGCCCGCGUGUGGCCACAAGGCAACGUACGCUCUGGGGUACAGCGACAGGGCAGAUGUGAAAUAGGAACUUAGGUAUUGAAUGAUAGGUGUUUAGGUUCUCGUGCCCUACCGAUCCUUCGCAUUAUCAGUUUCGCACAGUUUCUGUUGUACAUCAAAAGGGAGACCCUCUGGGUGGUCACACCGAGUCGUCCUAACUUGAAUUACGAGAUUCUUUCGUAGCGCAAGGUAAACCGUUCCCUGCAUCCAGCGUUGAUGGCGUGUAGCGUCAAUAAUAUACCUCAACAAAACACCACAAACCAUACAAAAAACAAUAGAUACAAAUAUCAGCCAAUUUAAAUAUACCUCAUAUUUUUAGCAGAUAAGCAUUAAUUAUAGAUUCACAGUGUCACAGUGUAUCCGGACGGUGGUGCGGUUUGAAGUUGAUUCAGCUGUGUUCCGUUUCAGUUCUGUUUUCACCUUUUCUCCUUUAAUUCAUUCUGUUAAAUGAAAUAAACUUAUCAUAUCCCAUAAGCGACUCACGAAGGAAUGAAAUAAAGAAACAUUUUAUGUUAAAAGCAU